AUGGUGUCACUAUUAAGCCAUAGACUGCUAGGAGGACCUGGUGAUUCGAAUAGUGCAAGUACCAAGGGAAGCAGCAUUAUCCAGAAAGAGCAGAACGUCUCGUCUGUGCCAACUAAACUUGGAAGUAGCAGUAACAGCGGCUAUUCAGCGGACAGAGAAGGUCAUCAUUCGCCACCUCCCGUGCUGUCGAUCGAUUUUAAUGGGAGAACCAAGAGGAAGCAUGAUAGCGAUAGCAGGUGUCCGAAGCGGCUGAAGCAGAACGAGAUGCAAUACGCAGCUUCCACCAUAUCUGCCGAUCUCAAAAGGGCAGGAAAGGAGGUCGAACGCUUCGACAAAGAAAUAAAGAAAACAUCCCGCGUCAAAGGGGCCACGAUAAGGUUGGAUAGAGUAAAAUUGUUGAUGUCUGGAGAAGCUGAAGAUGUGAGUCUCGAGUCAAAUGUCAGUGCGACUGCCUCGCUCUUGGACUACGAAAUGUUAGUGAAAGCAUGUUUUGAUGUCUACCCAAGUUCGUUUCCUUGUUUCCCUGCUACCCAAGAGAAAUCUGAUCGAAGUACAUCAUCCGUGAGUGAUACGGAAAGUGACUCUGUAUCAAGCAACUCUGGCAAUCAGUCUCUGGUAAUUCCUCCACUGCUGGAGGAUUCACUGAGAGCAGCAAAGCAGGGGCCAACAAUGGCAAAUAUAAGCUUGCGAUCAUGCAACGUAAUUUCCUGUCCGUCAAAUGCAGUGACCAUGACUGAAAUGUUACAGCUCAGCAAAACUCCGAGACUGGUCACGUUAUCAUCGGCUCCUUUCACUGUUAUCCAUGCCAAUGGAUCUCUGACUCAUUUUCUUGGUUUUGGAGCCGACAGCGUAGUAGGCAAAACAUUUUCAGGUACGCUGGCGUCAGGCAGCACCGUCAAUCUUUCUGAGUGCAUGGUCUCCUCUAGCACUGGAAAUCACAAAAUGAUAAACUUCAAAGAAGAAAAGACUGGGAAAUUGAUCGAGAGUCGCGUCAAGGUUUCUCCCAUUGUCGCACAACGGUCCAGCAAUAGAGAGGUUGCAACUGUGACUCACUUUGCUAUUGAACUCAUUGGCGAUGGUGGAUCCAGGGGUCCAUCACCAACUACCACAGCUGGAAACAAGCUGUCACAAAAUCAUCCAGUUGGCAUUGUCGGUUGA